GCGACAGACGCGCCUCGCCUUGCUUUCAUCGUUAAAAAUAAACAUGGCAGAAAACGAAGCGUCAGAAAAGCCAAAUUGCACGUUUUUGUUCAAGAAGCGAAAAAUCCGCAACAACGCAGCAAGAAAACGGAAAGAAAUUGUGGGAGAAAAUGACGAUAGCGAAGAAGAAGCAGUCACGGUUGUCAAAAAGGAAAAAAAGACCGACGUUCAAAAUCCUAUGAGACAAAGUACAAGUAUCAAGAGGCAACGACCUGUAAUAGGUGAAAAUGACGAGGAAGCCGAAGAUGACAGCGUCACUGUCUCUUAUAAAAGUAAGCGGAAUGUGAUGCCUGCAGGGCCCAGCGAUCAAGGAGCAACGGCCAUUCUGGAAACAGAGACAGAAAUCGACAGAGAUGCCCAAGCUCUGUUUGAAAGGGCUCAGAAAAUCAAUGAGGAGUUGGAGGGCAAAGAAGACGACAAAGUAUACCGUGGCAUGAACAAUUAUGCUCAGUAUUACAAAAAAAAGGACACUGCAGCAGGCAACGCCUCCAGUGGAAUGGUGCGCAAAGGACCCAUCAGAGCACCAGCAAAUCUCCGAGCCACUGUAAGAUGGGAUUAUCAGCCAGAUAUCUGUAAAGAUUACAAAGAAACGGGUUUUUGCGGAUUUGGAGACAGCUGCAAGUUUCUCCAUGACAGAUCCGACUACAAAUUAGGCUGGCAGUUAGAGCGAGAGGCAGCCAGUGGCGAAUAUGACAACAGCGGUGACGAGGAUGACAAGAAAUAUGAAAUAGACAGCGACGUUGACGAUCUGCCAUUCAAAUGUUUCAUAUGCAGGAACAGAUUCACCGAUCCCAUUGUCACAAAGUGCAAACAUUACUUCUGCGAAAAAUGUGCCCUCGAACAGUACAAAAAGAGUACGAGGUGUUUCAUUUGCAACGUACAAACAAACGGCAUGUUCAAUCCAGCCAAAGAGUUGGUGGCGAGAAUGAAGGUGGAAGAAAUGGAGGCGGCGGAGCAAGAGAAGGCCGAUAGCGAUUCUGACUAGUGCAGAUCCGACUUUGUGUAAUACUUUAAUUUAGUGAACCGCGCAGCAAUCAACUUAAACAAAUUUGCUCUCUAUUACCGGGUGGCGAUGUAACAACGCGCGACGUAGGACAGACUUCGGACUACAUAUAUGUAUAUCAAUUGUCCCCAGUCCCACACGUGCUCAGUCAUCGCGUGGCAGCCUUUGCAAACGCUCAUUGUUAGCCGAGUAUCUGCUCCCGACGGUCCGCCGCCGCGUGUAGUCAUAGACCCCCGGAGUUUUACGAUCGGCUUUGUUUACCAACGGCUGAGUAACGAGCGCCACCGAGGCUUACGGGCAUGUAUUUUUUGGCCAAGAGCGUCUUUCUUCCCCUUUUAUUCUCUCUUAUCGCGUCUCUGAAAAAAUGAGUGAUUAUACCAACUAGUUAUUAUCUAAUCUACUCGUAGAGACCUUCGGCUCUGAAUUUCGGAAACAAGCUUCGGAGAAGCGGGCGAAUUUCACGUCAGUUUACUGAGAUCAGUUGGCGCUAAGUUUCACGUUUUUCAGCCGUCUAAAGUGUCUUCAAAUCUUCCAUUCGCCUUGAGAUUCGGGCAAAAUAGGAGCGGUGAGAAUCCAGUGUGAAAAGUGCGUUCCCUUAUCUCUGUAAACGUGACCACGACGACGACGACGAUCAAGAGAGCAACGACCGAAACUAGUGGCGCACUAAUGCGUCCUCGUAAAAAUGACUAGACACUGAUAAAAAGUAAAACAAAACCUUCACCUUCUGGAGGAAGGAAAGCUCCAAGGCUGCUAUUCAACACUGAUCGCGUUUCUUUUCGUUCUGGAUAUAUAUAGAGCAAAAACAAAGGGCCAAAGAAAAAGUGGAUGAAAUGCUGGAUUAGUAAGGUAUUUUCAAAUAAAUUCGAGAAAUCGAAUGAAAGUAAACGUUAUAUAAAUUACCAGUAUAAAUAUAAUGUAUACUACAGAUAUUUCACAGAUCUUAUCAACUUGUCUCCGCAGCCCCGAUAGCACUCACUCAACGUACAUGUAUACUGUGUAAAUAAAUUUCGAUUUAUCUUU